AUGGGUCACCGUUCCUUGGAUUACAGGAUUCGUGAUUCAGAAAGCAUGAGAGAGGCCAUCCUCAAGAUGGUGAUGGAUCUAACCAGAUCUCUUGACGAAGUCCUUGACUAUCUCAACGGAAAAGAAGAACAAGAAGAUGAAGAGUUUGACACGGAUUCCGAUACGGAGUCCGACAUGGAUCUUCUCCUUGACAGCGUCAAAGAUCCUAUCGAUCGCCUAUAUAAGAUGGCUGUUUGGAUCCGCGAUCCAGCGACUAGGAUACCCUCCUCAAAGGCCCGAAACUUCCAGCGGAUCGACGAAGAGACCAAAGUAGACCUGUUCAAAGCCUUUGAGCCUCUUGACUACGAUUAUAUUAGCUCCCUUUUCCUGCAGUAUGAGAAGGAUAAAGCUUUGCAGGAAACACAAGCAGCCAAAGGUGAAGCGGAAGUCGGAGAUCUUGAUACCCAGGAUCAGGUGUGGGAACCAGUCAGAACGACGUUAAAGUUGAGUAAGCUGAGGAUAGAAACCGGCACUGAGUCGUAUCUUGUUCGCCGCAUAGCUCAAGCAAAUGGACGCAGGCGGCAGCAAUUUGCUUACUGGAGAAGCCACAAGGGCAAGCUCCGCGCACACUCAUCUGUUGUCGUCGACGCUCCAACGCAUGAGCUUCCAAGCGGCGGUCACCAGAUGGAAGCUGGCAACCAGAAUACUUCGAUCAAGGCACCUUUAACGGUCGCCACGGCUACUCAGUUGACGUCUCUGAGCGGCGAGGCGAAAGAAGUCUUUGAAAAGGCCAACUUUCUGGAUUAUGCCGUCUCUGAGUAUGCUCCGUCGGCCUGGGAACCCAGCAAAGACAUUGUCAGCUUUCCAUUGCCGCCUCGAGUAGCCGCGACGGAGCAGUUUUUCGAAUGCCCCUAUUGCUUUACCAUAUGCCCUGUUUCCAUUCUCUCAGAAAAAGCCUGGAGAGCCCAUCUGAUACGCGACCUAAGGCCUUAUGUCUGCACCUUCGAACAUUGUCCAAUUUCCGACCAGCUGUACGACAGUCGCGACGACUGGAUCCAACACGAGGUGUCGGCCCACCAGACCAUGUUUCAAUGUCCAGUGCACCCAGAUGACACAUUGAACUCCCCAGAGGCGUAUGAAAGACAUAUACAGAGCCACUGUCAGGGCGAGAUGCUCCCGCUCUCAUUAGCGAAGUCGACCAUGACCGACAUCCAGCGAAGCUGCCCUGUGUGCUCAAUAGACUUACAGAAUACACAGGAGUCACAAAGCCAUAUAGCUCUUCAUCUAGAGCGCUUUGCUAUGUUUACGUUGCCUCGCUCCACCGACGACCCCGAUGGUGGAGAUCUCAGAAGCCAGUCUACCGGAGCUCAUCUGGCUUCUGACAGAUCCCUUAAUGGGUUCUCAGAGACAGGAUCAGUGGUUUCCUUCACUGCUGAGAAUUCAGACAUUAUCACGAAACGAUCACCAGGAGAUUUUGAUGUCACUAGAGAGCAAAUGUUGGAGAGACUGAUGAGUGUGAGCCAAGAACUGGAGAAUAUAUUCACGAGGCCAGUAAGCAUGCUUCACUUGUUCCCCGCAGAUAUGGCCCUCGUACAAUCUCAAAUCAAAGCGCUGAAUGGCGACAUGGUUCGUUUCUUUGAGAUGGGUGAUGCACUGGGACACAGCUUUCUCUCAAUUGUCUCAAAAACCUUCGUCGUCGAAGUCGGAGAGAUUUGCGUCAAGGCUGGGCUCUUAGAGGAGGCUAUCAACACUUUUGAGAGUCUGAAGUCUGUCCAAGCCAGUCAGCUCCCCCGUUCCGACCCAGCCUUACUACGAGCGCAGCAACAACUAGAGCUCGUUUACGAGGUAAAAAAAACGCUGCAAGAUGUGCAGGAGGCGCUGGGACCGGAGGCAGAUCUUCAGACGGAGCCAGGCAAGAGUCUGGCUCUGGAAAAACUCGCUCGAACUGCGCUGGGAAUGCAUCAUGCUGAAACGAUAUGGGGCCCAAGCAUUCGGGAAGAGAUGACUAAAGUCAUGGCUGAUGAUGGCACGGCAGCCCACAAAACAGUCUUGGAGGGAAAAAAGCGCGGUGCAGAUUCAGGGGAACACAACUCUGGAGGGAGUCAAGAACGGACUGGAAGCGAAGCCGAGAUUUUGGAGAGCGAGAAACCUAGGAGACGCUCGGCACUCGACAGAUCCAGCGGGCUGCGCCGAACACUGAGGUCUAGAGCCCUGUCGGCACAAGACCAACAGGGACGCAAUUCAUUAGCCGAACAGGACCGAAGGCCUACGAUGCCCCAAGAAAGUAAUGAGGAUGAAGAAAGGCUGGCGACUGUUACUCCGAGGCAGAAGUUCAAGCAGCUGCAUACAAACGAUGGGAGCACCGCUUCUGAUACCAUGUCCUCAGGGACCGCACGACUUGAAGCGACUCGAGAAGGAGAGGUAGAAGCAAGCCAGCCUCAAACAGCUCAAGAACACGACGAAGACGACACUCAGAUGGCUGAUCCUGAGAACGACCUCGCCAGGGAGCCCAGGCAGAUCCGCAUGGUCGAAAGAGAGAAUGAACGGAAGCGGGCGUUGUCGGCCUCGCCCCCACGUCGUCCACGUCGUCCGCGGCGUGUUGCCAACCGCCGCCGGGAAGCAUUUGGUGGAAGUAGCUCAAGAGAUUUGGGGUUACAGCGGCCAAAUCGUUGGCGAUGUGUGACUCACAGACCUCAGUGCGAUGAAGAGCAUCAAUUCGCGUUUGAAUCCUGUCGCCAACGCACACGAAUCCAGGUUUAUAUCAAGCUACCUUGCAUUUGA